AUGUUCAGCAAAACCAUUGUGGCAGUUAUCCUGCUGUUCGGAGGCGUUCAAUCCCACCGGCACCAUGGAUCCCACAGCCACAGCGAAAUGCGACGCUCGUUCAUCCAUAACGCAAGGGCAGAUGGAGAAGCAGCGAGAGGAGGAUCAGACAACGUUUUCGUGAAAAUUUCUCACGACCGACCAAUUCUAGUUCCGUCGAGAGCAGAUCACCCACAGAAACCUGUCGGAGUCGAUAACAACGACAACCCCAUCCAAACCAACAAGUUCUACGCCAACUUCUUUGCCAACAACCAAGACAACGCGACAUGGACUCACCCUUACUCCGUCUGGUGGUCUAACGAUACCGUCAAACAGGGCCACGGCUUGUCUAUCUCCCAUACGGAUCGGCGCAACUUUAUCUACGGGCCUGGCGAGCCCGUCCAGUCUUUCGAGGAUCCAUUCUUUGACCAAUCUAUUGCGCUUUCGGCGCGGGAGCUGCAGAAUGGAACGGUUUUGACUACGGACACAUUGACAGCAUUCUCCGCCAAUGUCAACCUUGCGACAAGAAAAGGCGCCAAACCGAUUGUCUCAUUUCCCGUAGUUCAGGGCAUGGCUUUCGUCACAGGUGUUUACAACGACGCCACCGUUCUCAUUCAGUCUCAAAAGCACUUUUCAAACAUCACCGACCUUCGUCUGAGUUCCAAUGGACUUGGAGACACAGUGUAUGGGUGGGAUGCGCGGUUAGGCGAUGGAUCAAGCUGGUUGAUUUACAUCAACCCAACUUCCAUGUCUGAGAGACCAAAUCUUCGGAUGACUGAUAAAGGAACCAUUUUGGGACCAAAGCAGUUCACGGGAACUGUCCAAGUCGCCAAGAAUCCAGCAGGUAAAGCCGGUAUCGACAUCUUUAGCAAGGCUGCUGGAGCGUAUCCAGUUGGCGCCACGCUGUCGGGCUCUGUCUCCGGCAAGACUGGAACUUACACCUUGGCGUGGGAAAAGAAGGGUAUAAAGGAACGGUCACUUCUCAUGUUUGCUCUGCCGCAUCAUGUCAAGUCAUUUGACCAAAAGACGGCCAGGGGUCUGACGAACAUCACCUUGGCGAGUACGACCAAGGGAAUUGCCACGGCUACGCUUGCGGACCAGUUCACCAUGGUGGAGCCCGAGCUCCCGACGGAUAUGGGUUUCGACCCUUGGUCGCCUCGCCUUGGAUCAGUGGGAUCCGCGGGCUCAGCGGCAAUCGUUUCCGAAGACGCCAAAGCCGCAAUCAUUAAUGCAGCAAAGAUCGAGCUUGCUCGGGACAUUACAACCCUGACCAACUUGACGUCCAAGUAUUACGCCGGAAUCGCCUUUUCGGUUUACGCCAGGGCGAUUUAUGCUGUCAACAACAUUGCCGGAGAUACUUCAUUCACAGCCAGCUCACUCACCAAGCUUGAGGCUGCGUUUGAUCGGUAUGUCAAUAACCAGGAGCCGAACCCCCUAUUCUACGAUGACGUGUGGAAAGGCCUGGUCUCUUCUGGGUCGUACGGCAACAACGACUCUUCGAUAGACUUUGGUAACACGUAUUACAACGAUCACAACUUCCACUACGGCUACUAUGUGUAUGCUGCUGCAAUCAUUGCCCACUUCAACCCCUCUUGGUUGACAAAGAAUGACGGCCUCAACAAGAUUUGGGUCAAUAAUUUGAUUCGUGACUGGUCCAACCCAUCUACCGAAGACCCUUUCUUUCCCUUCUCACGAAACUUCGACUGGUUUCAUGGCCAUAGCUGGGCCAGAGGUGUACUCGAAGCACCGGAUGGCAAGGAUCAGGAGUCCUCAGCGGAGGAUGCUUUCUCGACGUACGCGAUCAAGAUGUGGGGCAAGGUAAUAGGAGACGCCAAAAUUGAGGGCCGAGGCAAUCUCCAGCUUGCCGUGACGGCACGCAGUCUACAGUCGUACUUCCUCUUGGCGAGCGACAACGAUGUGCAACCGCCCAACUUUAUCGGAAACCGCGCCACAGGCAUUCUCUGGGACAGGAAGAUCAACCACACGACGUACUUUGGCGACGAAAUUGCCUAUAUUCAGGGCAUACACAUGCUGCCAAUUGUGCCGAGCAGUGCGUAUGUACGAAAGGCAUCCUUUGUGAGAGAGGAAUGGGAUCAGUAUUUUGCCGGCAAUAAGUCGGGAUCUCUCACUAGCGGCGGCUUUGCAGGCCAUGUGUACGCCAACCUCGCGAUUGCGGACAAGGCUGGUGCGGUUGAAAGUUAUGAGUUCAUGAGGAAGCAGACUCCUGACAGCCCCUACCUGAGCGGAGUGAGUUUGACGUGGAACCUCGCUUACACGGCGGCGCUGGGAGGCAGUUUGGGAUCGAACUCCACGCUGAACUCAACAAGUCGGGCGGUCUGA